AUGGCUCAUUCAGUACCAACUGGAAUUGUUACUCAUGCUAGAAAGGUAUGCAGUCUUUACAAACGCAUUCUUCGGAAUUAUGAGUCCUGGUAUCCUGAUUUUCUUGAUUUUAGGUAUGAAGCUGUACUCACUCGCGAGAUCUUUGACAAAAACAAAGAUAUAAAAGAUCUGCGAGUAGCAAAAAAAUUGUUACUAGAAGGAGAAUUAAAGUUAGAAAAAAUAAUGCACCCACAACCAUUGUACUUCCCAGAAUCUCCAGGUGGUUGUGCUCACGAACGUGAAGUAAUACCUCCAGACUGGGUUCUCGAUUACUGGCAUCCAACUGAGAAAGCUAUGUAUCCAAAAUACUUUGCUCUAAGAGAGAAACGUAAGCUUGAAUACAUGAAACUUUACGAUAAGCAAUUUCCUGAUGCCCCGAAGGAAUUCAAAGAUGUUCAUUAA